CAAAUCCCCAACACGAAACGGCGUCAUCACACAAUCGGCAUACUUUCAUUGUCUACGCCUCCCAUAUCAGCAUGACAUCAAUGUGAACAUGGCCAAGGACUAUUUGUGCUUUCCGAAGCCAAAAUUUGCAUAUUGCUCUACUCUAUAAAAGAGCACUGAUCGCUCCCUUUACCUCAUUCGCUUAAACGCUCACCGUCAAUACGCUCAUAUUCUGACACUUACUGGUCUUGUGCCUUCCCCGUCUACCAUCUUGGCUCCGCUAAUUUUCUUCCGCUGCUUCCCAUCUAAUCUCGACGAAUUCGGAUAGGAUCUGCCUUCAUAGGCCCCUAUAGUCGUUCACGUUGUUAGCAUCAGUAAGUGACGUCACACAAUGACGUCACUAGCAGCACCCGUUGUGCUCGUGGCUGGAGCCGCCUUCGCCAUGACCGUACCGGUCAUCGCACUCAAGGAGCUCCUCGUGAAGAGGUCGAGAACAAACUUCAAGAAGCACCUCGGUAGACGUCAUGUUUGCAGAGUGCACUUCGGUGAAUUGGAUGCUCCAGUCAGUGAAAUAAGAUUGAAGGAGUCUGGAGCAGUUCGAGUGGCUCCGGGAAGUUCAUGCAAACAUACACCACUACCGACUUAUGAAGAGCUAUUCCGUCCACCACCACCAUAUCGCACAAAAUGAUUAUCAGCUGAUUAUCCCCCGUUGUGUGACGUCACUAACUGACUGUUCAAUCCUUGCUUACAAGAGAAGAAUUUUGCGUGAACUUAGCCGCUUUCUUAUGAUAAUCUCUCUCUUGGCAGUUUCCAUUGUUGGGCCGUGGAAAGCUUUUCUUCCUGUGUUGCUUCAUAUUUACUGGAAUUUAUUGCGAAUAAAGUUCAAGGGUCGAGCAAGAGGUGUGGCAGCGCCGGAGAUCCCCCUCCUAUCUUUUUCACAAUACCACUCCCUUCCUGCCAGCAUUAUCGUUUGCGGCGGCGUGGCAAGAGUUCCCAAGGCCUAAUCGCUUUUAUUCGCAAGGGGUACUUGACACCUCCAAAAAUUCCUUGAAGGACAUCACAACUUGUCGUGG